UAUUUUGUAGAGUUUUGAGCACCGAACCGCUUAAAUUAUGCUAACAUGAGAAGCUUAGGAAAGCAGUAGAGGAAGAGAUAUUCCAGCCAAUUUCAUUUAUUUCUAUUUUCUUUCAACCCCUCCUUUUGCCACUGACCAGUGGGUCUCCUGGGUCAGUCCAGCAGCGUCAGCUCCCAAGGGACACGCGCCCGCAACCCCUUGCUUUUCUCCUUCUCCACUACACUACCUCACUCCUCCCUCUUUUCCUCGUUGCCUGGAUCCCCUUUCUCGUCAAGCUCACCAGGGACGCCGCCGCUCGCCAUUGCAACGCCAGCCGCAGGGACCGGCGGGAUCCGCCAGGCCUCGGUCCGGAUCGACGUCCAUGCCUCCGGCUCCGACAUGCACGCCCGCUGGACGCCGCCAUGAACCACCUCGUUUCUCCGGUGCAUUCUUACUCCUAGGUAGUUCUCCAGCUCCAUUGUUACUCGUGCCGUCUCUUUAAUGGUGAUUCCGGGCACCGGCGUGCUGGAACCUCUUAAGCCCAGGCCGCCUUUCUUGGUUCCAUCGGCCGCCGUUGCGACACCGUCGUGGGCAUCCUCCUCUCGAGCUGCUCCAGGGACGGGCUCCGCCUCGUCCGUGUCACCUCUAACCACAGACUCGAAGCCAUGGGUCCCUCCUACUUCUUCCUUGACAGCUGACCGCAAUUGACACCGUCCGGAACUCGCGUCCGUCCUCUCGCCUCCCUACUCCAUCAGACCCCAUCACGAAUAGCAAGGUGAGGAGUCACCUCUGCCUGCCUGCUGCUGCUUGCUGCUAGCUUGCUUUGCUGCUACUUGUUUUGCUUGCCAUUGCUGCUUUCUUUUCUUGCUUGCUGCCGCUGGCCUUGAGCUGCGGGUAAAUGAGAGAAAGAAAGGAAGUUUUACAUCUAUACAGGGAGAUGGCCAUAUUUAGAUUCACCUCUAUACAGGUAGAUGGCCAUGUUUCUGUAUCGUUUAAUUACUUGCUCGUCACACUGUCAGACUAAGGCUAGUCUCCCCUGUAUUGUAGCAACAGAAAACAUGAACAUACUCAAUAUUAUUGCUAGGAAGUAAAAGAUCAUGUACUUUAACAACGCGUCUUUAGAUAUCGUAAAAAUUCACAACUUGCAUUCUAGGACUCCAAGAAAAUGUUGUUGCCAAUUUCAAUAGCUUCUUUUCAUCUUACUGUAUGACAUCACAGGCAUUUCAUGCUUUGUAACUAACAUGUAGUUCUUGAACAUUCUUAGCUUUGUUUGACAUGGUUAGGAGUUGCUUGCUGUUCAUGAUCAUCGAGUAAUGACAUUAACUUGGAUUAAUUAAUAUGGAAACAAAUAAGUGAGUUGUGAGGGCCGUGGUUUGAUGAUGCUAUGGUCGGGUUGGGGUUACCAUUAGUCGCAUCUCUCCCUUUACCUACGGUGGGAGUGUCGGUUGUAUUCAUCUUCAUCCCUACUUAUGUUUGCGGACGUCGUCGAUGUCGGUGGCCACGGCAACAGACUAUGGCAAGUGUCCUCUGCCACAUCCCCGUCCACCCGCAUCACUAUGACGCUAGGCCAUGCCUCAAUAUCUAUAUUCUUCUUGUACUUUUAUUGUGCCUCUGCUUAUGCUAUUUAUGUUUCAUUCAUUUUGAUCACGAGACAUGCAACAUGCAUAUUAGCCUCUAUUUCUUUCCUUAUAUUUCCUCGCUCCCUUAUUUCGUUUGAAAAUCCUCUUAAUUAGCCGUUAGCCCACCCUUUCCUUCUUUGGCCUCUCUUCCCUUCCAUAUUUCUCUAUCUUUGUCUUCUCAUUUGAUUCCCCAGCUACCGGCCUAACACUGAAGGUCGCACUGCAACUACUUGGUUCCAAGUUCAAUAUGGAAAUUUGCAAAAAAAAAAAAAGGCUGAACAAUUUUUAUAAAAAGUAAAACCUAGUACAACAUAGGAUAAGAAAUCCUAGUGCAAUCUUAAUCAUGUGGUUACCAUUGUUGAUUGUUUGUAGGAAGCUCAAAGGAAGCAAGACCGCAACAAAAAUCUCUAAAUGCAUUCCAAGCUUAUGUACGACACACGCCGUUUCAAAGGGCAAACUUUCAUUCAUGCACUCAGCUACACCUGAUGCCUGCGAAACACCCAAGGCCAUAUCUUCUUCAACCGUUUGUUCUCCUAGUUCCAGAAGCCUUUCCAAUGCGCCCUCAGUAGAGUGGGCUGACAGAAAUGGAACAACAGCUGUAUUAUUGCGCCAGUCAUCUCUCUCAUCGCAGCGUGACCACGCACUCGCAAAUAUAAAUAGGUCAGCCAACAGGGGAGCUAGCCCUUCAGGCAGUGCUGUCAGCGAGAUCUCUUACCAUGCUGAUACAACCCUGAAGACAAAUUCACACUCAAUCACAUCAGUAGCGCGGCUCAGUAGCAGCAGCAGCGGGGAUUCAGUUUACAGGAGCUUCCGAGAUAUCUCUAAUCUGCAUGCAGUAGUUUCAGAAACUGCAACACACCUGAGGCAUUCUCAUGACCAGAGUGAUAUGCAGCUUCAAAUUGAGAGUAUGAAUGUCAAACCGCGACAUCUUCAGAAGCUUCAUCCUGUUGUCUGUUGACUCCACUCAGAAAGUAAGAUUUCUUUUAACUAUCUGGAGUGUUCAGUAACCUACAAGAUCUUAACUAUUUCUUCCUGAAAUCUUGUUAUUAGUUACCCAACAACUUGGGCAUCCAGCGCGUCGAGGACGGAAUUAAGCUUAGAGAGAUUAAUCUGACAGAAGAAAUAGUGAAGUGAUUGGUAAGGCAAAUGGAAAGAGAAGAAGAGCAGGUGGCCGAAAGAGAAGCUCAGCUUAAACAAAGCUCUUCUGAAGAGGACAGUAAUGAUGAGGGGCCAUUGUGAGGGUCGAGGUUCUGUAGGAGAAUGACACCGGGGAAGACGGGCAGGAGCGGAGGUGUGGAGGAAGACGAGCUGGAGUGCCCGCUAGAGUUCGAAGUCGCCGUCGUCACUGGCAACUGCGAGUAACUCGUGGUGGAACCAGUGAUCCGGCUGCAGCUAGAACGCCAUGGCCGCGCUGCCUCCUCUCUCCACACGCCUGCGUCUUGGCGCUCGGAUCGCCAUGGUCGGGGAUCCGCGGAUCCCGCCGCCGUUGUCGCUACGAGGAGGUCGAGCUGGAACCCCACGGGCUUGGUCUGGAUCUAGCCACGGCGGGAGUGCCAUGGCCUCCCUUCUCGAUCUGGGGAAGAAAAGGGAAGGGACAGGAGAGGAGGGGAGAUCACUGGUACGGAGAGGAUGGAGGCCAGCGGCGGUGGGGGAGAGCGCGGGCCAGCAGGGGGCGGCAGAAGACGCGGGCCGGCGGCGGGGUGGCGGCGUCGCCAGAUCCAAGCCGGGGUCGAGGGAUAGACACAAAGGAGCGCGGAAUGGUUAAUUUGUAAAAAAAAGUUUCUUAGAUCCACUUAAAAAGGUUUGCGGGUUCAAUUACCAAAAAGUAUAAGGAUGUUUUGCAAAAAAGCCGCGACGGACGACCACAAGCGAUCGGCGCUUUAUUAUUAGGGGUACAUUAUAGGCCCAAAUAAAUGUUCACCUUGUCCGGCA